AUUACCAUGUUAAAUUUCGAAACACCAUCCGGUAGGAUUCCAUCACCUUCAUCUUUGCAUGUUCACCUUAACUCCCAUGUACGCAGGCCAAGUCCUCCCCUGCCGCACCCACUAAACGCCUACCAAUCAGUACUUAGCACUGAUGCCAGCAGUCACAGGAGACACUAAGUCGCCCCUCCCAUCACACGGUGUUAUAUAUAUAAAUGGAACUUGUACAUCCUUCUUAGAGCAUUAGCAUCACUCAGCCACCAUCGUCAAAGCCCAACCACAGGUUUCGGAGACAUCGGGUUUUGGUCUGUCCGAAGUACUGUGAGGCAAGGACCCUCGAUCAGAACGGAUUUCAGCUGAAACUGGUUUAGGUUUGGUCAUCAGACAGAAUGAAAGGAAUUGGUGUACUCUUGGUGCUGUGCACGAGCUCGUGCAUGUUGUUGGCCGAUGCAGCCAGUCUCCGAGAGGUUUUCGAGACAGGAGAACGACACCUAGUGGAGGAUGAACCUGCUUUAGUGCAAGAGACGCUGAUUGAUCCGUCAGCAGUCCACAGUCGCGCCAAGCGGUCCUACUACAUUCCUGUCUACAGAAAGUCUGGUUACGGCGGCAGUGGUUAUGGAGGCGGUUACGGAGGCGGUUACGGAGGUUACGUCAUAGGUGUCGGCGGCUAUGGUGGUGGCUACGGUCACGGAGGUUACGGUGGUGGCUACGGUCACGGAGGUUACGGUGGUGGCUACGGCCAUGGAGGAUAUGGCGGUGGCUUUGGAAAUGUGGCUCCAGUCACCUACUACAAGACGGUGUCCGUGGUUCCUGCCUACCCCUCCUAUUCCGGCCAUUCUGGAAUGAUCGACUGAAACUGUCGUUAUUCCUCUUCGUGUAGGGACACCAUGAAGUUACCCUCUCACAUCUCGCUUUCUUGUAUAUCUUUCUUUCUAUUUUUUUUAUUAUUGCACAGGGCGUACAUAUAUUGCACAGAUGAACAUAAACCCAGAAUAUUGGAUUUCAUGCCUAGUCAUCUCAUACAAUAAACCGGAAGUACAGUCCUACAGUGGGCGUACCUUUAAAGAGUAUCCGCAAAAAUUGUAACUUUCGGUUUUCUUGAGGAAAGUAGGGUGACAAGCGAGUUAGCAGAUGGUGAAAAAGUCUUUACUCGGGCUAAAAGUGAGCUGUAAAGCCAUAUCUAACUUUAUAAUAAAGGUUUUAAACGAUCUCUGAAUAAAGAGCUACAAUCCUGCGGCCAUAUAAACUUUUCGUAAACGAUCACCGAAUAAAGAACUUCGAUCCUAAGGCCUCGUCCAACUUUCAUAAUUUCAUUGACACGAUUGCCGAAUAAAGAGCUACAGUUCUUUCUUAUUUGUGGACAUGUAAUGGAAUUCAAAUUGUUUCCAUUUGUAUCUUUCGCAAUGGAUUUGUCUAUUGCAUAAUCUUCUGUUUUUUGUAAAAUAUUUUCCGAUGUUGUACUACAACUUGAAAUGGUUGCAAUCGCAGAUUUACUUCGAUCCCUCAUUCCAAUCAUCUGUCAUUGAUUUAUUCGUCUCCAUCUUCAAAAUUAUUGCAAUAAUGAUAAUUGCUUACUCAAUAGUUGUACAUCUUUCACUGAAGUGUAUUUCUGAUACGCAAGCGUGGCUGAGUGUACGGGUUUGUAGUAAUAAAGCAAAAUAGCAAUAAAGGUGUUGUCAUUCAUUACA